GCUGGGGUGGCCGCGGGGGGAGGCGGCAGGCGAGCCACAGUGUCCGGUGCGGGGCAGGCGCCCGGUCGAGUGCAGCUUCCUUCUCCUGUAAAAGGUGCGCUGGGCGACCGUCCCAGAAACAAAUCCCAAGAAAUGCCUCAUCCUAGAAACAAAGAACUCAUACUUGGCAUCAUGGUGGGAACUGCCGGAAUCAUCUUGCUGCUUUUGUGGUACCAUAAGGUCCGUAAACCAAGAAUAGCAGUGAAUUUACCUAAAUUUCUUUCUCUUGGUAACACAUUUGAUGCAAUGACAUUGCAAGAUGGAAUACAUAAUGACCAAGGUACAGCCGAGAUCCUUCAAGGAAGGCAACUUCAGAUACUGGAGAAAUUAAAUGAAUUACUGACAAAUAUGGAAGAACUCAAAAAGGAAAUCAGAUUUCUUAAAGAAGCUAUUCCAGAGCUGGAGGAAUAUAUACAAGGUGAACUUGGAGGGAAGGCAACUGUUCAUAAGAUAAGUCCUCAGCACAGAGCUAGAAAAAGAAGGCUCGCCACAGUUCAAAGUUCAGCAACAAGUAAUAAUAGUUCAGAGGAAGCAGAAAGUGAAGGAGGGUAUAUAACAGCUAAUACUGACACAGAAGAACAGAGUUUUCUGGUCCCUAAGGCAUUUAACACACAUGUACAAGAAUUAAAUUUAGAUGUCCUUCUUCAGAAGGCAGAUCAUUUACGUACAGAUGAGUCUGGCAAGAUGGAGAGUUUUGAACUACUUUGCGAUCACAAAGAAAAGUUUAGAGAUGAAAUAGAGUUUAUGUGGCGAUUUGCCCGUGCUUAUGGAGACAUGUAUGAACUAUCUACAGAUACAAAAGAAAAAAAACAUUAUGCUAAUAUUGGAAAAACUUUAGGUGAAAGAGCUAUUAGUAGAGCACCCAUGAAUGGACAUUGUCACCUGUGGUAUGCAGUUCUGUGUGGCUAUGUAUCUGAGUUCGAGGGCUUACAAAAUAAAAUCAGCUAUGGACAUUGCUUCAAGGAACAUCUAGAUAUAGCAAUCCAACUUUUACCUGAAGAACCCUAUUUGUAUUACCUCAAUGGAAGAUACUGUUAUACUGUCUCAAAACUGAGCUGGAUUGAGAAAAAAAUGGCUGCUACUCUGUUUGGAAAAAUACCAUCUUCAACUGUGCAAGAAGCUUUGUACAAUUUUCUUAAGGUUGAAGAACUACACCCUAGUUAUUCCAAGUCCAAUUACAUGUACUUGGCAAAGUGCUAUAUUGAUCUUGAAAAAAAUCAGGAUGCUUUGAAGUUCUAUAAUUUGGCAUUAUUGCUUCCUACUGUUACCAAAGAGGAUAAAGAGGCACAAGAAGAGAUGACAAAAAUAAUCACUUCCUUGAAGAGGUAAAUAAAAGAAUUGCUCUUCAACAAAUCAGAUGUGGUCUACUAAAAUUUAAACUAAUCAAAGUUGUGUUUUUAUUAUCCUUUUUUUCUUUUUUUGAUGAAAAGGUAAUAUGCUCAGAUUUGAAGGUAAAACCAUGUUUCUGCAGAAUGCAUUUCACUAGUAGUGUUACAAAACUAAUCAUGUUAUUUAGAGAAUCUGUUUACUACAGUGUCAUUACAUAAUGACCU